AUGUAUUACUCCACAGGACCAGAAACGCUUAAUGAGCUGAGGAUUGUUCUGCUGGGACAGACUGGAGCAGGAAAGAGUGCAGCAGGAAACACCAUCCUGGGGAGGAAGGUGUUUAAAUCACAGAGCUCCUCUUCCCCUGUGACAGUAGAGUGUGAGAGAGCCAGAGGGGAAGUGUGUGGGAGAGAGGUGACUGUGAUUGACACUCCAGGCCGGUUUGACACAGAGUGCAGUGAUGAAGACGUCAUACAGGAGAUUGCAAAGUGUGUCAGUCUGUCUGCUCCGGGACCCCAUGUGUUCCUGGUGGUGGUCCAGCUGGGCAGAUUUACACAGGAGGAGCAGAACAUAGUGAAGAUCAUUAAGACAAUCUUCGGUCCUGAAUCAGCCAAAUACUCCCUGGUGCUGUUCACUCAUGGAGACAAGCUGAAGGGAAAAUCUAUUGAAGAACAUGUGAGUGACAAUAAAGAGCUCACAGAGUUCACAGCUCAGUGUGGUGGUGGAUACCAUGUCUUUAACAAUAAGGACAUGGAGGAUAGCUCACAGGUCUCAGAGCUGCUGCAGAAGAUUGAUAAGAUGGUGGAAACCAAUGGAGGAGGCUGCUACACCAAUGAGAUGUUCAAGAUGGUUAAAGAACAGAUUAAAGAGAAGUUGAUGGAUAAUCUGGAAGAAGACAAAAAGGAGAAGGAAGCUGGAGAUGAAGCAGUUGUUGAAGCCUAG